CUGGACUGUCCUAGGUACAGCUGUCUCCAUUCACAAGCCUAGAAAGUCCAAGGAGAGAAAACCUACCCGGCCUACUCCAUCCACGUGACUCUGGGGAGGGGGAUCGUGUAGGGCGGGUCUGGAGAGCCGGGCUGCAUCAUUCUGGCCCCUGCACCCCUCCCUUUCUCUGUCCAUUGGGAGGCAGAAGACAGGAAAUGACUGCCAUGGAUGUGGUAUGAUUUCUACCGAAACAGCAUUUUGUAGCCCAGGCCCCAUGCGGUCAGUUGUUUUCUUCUCUGAUACCAGCCAGGUGGCCCUCUCUCCUCACCCCUCCACGUAGCCUCAGCCCUCUGAUCCUCUGCUCCUGGCUGCCGGCCACAUUCCACUCCCGGCUCCCAACCCAGGCAUCCUGGCCUCCAGAUGAAACAGCUGCUGUGCCCCCCACCCCCCAUCCCUGGCCCCGUGACUCAGGCUCUCUGAAGGGACCAGCCCGCUUCUUGGCAUUCACCGGGAAAGGGGGGGGCAGGGGAGGGGGCCUAGGUGGUGACAUCAUAGUGGAAGGGUAUAAAAGCUUCGAGCCAAAACAGAAUUGAAAUCUGAAGACACUGACAAGACCUGCCUUCGAGCCUGUGCUCCCGGGGUCACCCCGGCCGCACCCCCACAGACCUCUGGUCGGAGAUUUGCACCGCCGCGAGACCUCCCCGCCGACCCCAUGCUGGACUCUCCCUGCCUUCUGUGGCUCCUGGCUGUCACCUUCUCCUUAGUGCCCAGAACGCGGCCCUUGGCCCCUCAAGACCUUACGGAAGAGGAGGAAGAUGAGACAUCACGGCCACCUCUGCCGGCUGUCCUCUGUGACUACGACAGUUGCCGCCACCUGCAGGUGCCAUGCAAGGAGCUGCAGAGGGCUGGGCCCGGGGCCUGCCUGUGCCCCGGGCUCUCCAGCCCUGCCCAGCCUCCUGCCCCGCCGCGCCUGGGAGAGGUGCACGUGGUGGCCGAGGCCGGCAGCGCGCUGGUGCACUGGUGUGCACCCCCCUCCCCGGUCCACCAGUACUGGCUGCUGCUUUGGGAAGGCGGUGGGGCUACCCAGAAGGGCCCCCCGCUCAACGCCACGGUCCGCAGAGCAGAACUGAAGGGACUAAAGCCUGGGGGCAUUUAUGUCGUUUGCGUGGUGGCUGCCAACGGGGCUGGAGAAAGCAGCGUGCCGGGGGCAGGUGGGGAGGGCCUCGAGGGGGUGGGUGGCCCUGCUUUCGGGCCCUGCGGCAGGCUGGCCAUGCCCCCCAGGCCCGUUACCCUGGUCCACACGGCCGUAGGGGUGGGCACGGUCCUGGCCCUGCUGACCUGCUCUGCUCUGGUCUGGCACUUCUGCCUGCGCGAGCGUUGGGGCUGCCCCCACCGGCCAGCCUCCCCACCAACAGCAGGGCUCUGAAGCAGCCCGGGUGCCUCUCGGGCCCAGCUGAGCCCAGACUUGCAGAGGAGAGCUCUGCCCAGACUCCCCUGGGCAGCCCGGGCGCCAAAGUAGAAGGCCAGGCGCCUGGGGCCCCAGCUGAGUCUCGGUGCUCAGCCUGAGAGCUUGUUCAGGUCCCAAACUUUCCGUCCUGCUCCAGGCUGAAAGGAACAGAGGGGGAUUGGCAACUUUUUCCUUAAAGGACCGGAGAGUAAAUAACGUAGGCUUUGCAGUUCCAGAGGAUAAAAUCAAAGAUAAUAUGUAGGUGCUUCUAUGGCCAUGUAACCACGUAAAAACGUAGAAACCAUUCUUAGCUCAUGGGCCUUUUCUUUUCAAAUCAGGCUCUGGCCAUAUUAGGCCUAUUGGCUGUAGUUAGCUGAUCCCAAUCCCGGUCAUAGGCCCUCAAAAGGGCCCUGUCACACUGGUGGCUUCGGUGGGAUUUCGAGAACAAAUUGCUUCAGGCAAUUUGGAGUUUGGGGCAACACCACUCCCUCUUUUACCUUUCAUUUCGAUAUUGAAGAUGGGCACACCUGAGUCGGAAGCCACCUGUGUCUGACGUGGGUGAAGAUAAAUGACUGACAUGGGGUGGAGAACCAAGGACUGCCUAAAACUGCUGUCCGGGGCAUUUCCCAAGUCCAAGGAUUUCCCCCACUUUCCCUCAAUCUGUGUCUUUUGUAUAUUCACUGUACCAACAUUAAAGGAAAUAUAAAACGAAGAUA